AUGAAUGAUGCCUGGAAUUUAUUUCCUUUGCAUCGACCUCAUGGACGUGUUGAGGAGAUCUUACGUAGGUCAGGACUGUAUGAUGUAGUUUGUGUGGGCAGGAUGCAGUAUGACCGUGCCCUUGUUACAGCUAUGGUUGAGCGUUGGAGGCCAGAGACUCAUUGCUUCCACUUACCUUUUGGUGAGGUCACGAUUACAUUACAGGAUGUGCAGGUCUUGUUUGGUUUGCGCAUCGAUGGUGAUGUUGUGUACAUGCAGGAUGCUACACGGAGGAUUCGUCCAUGGCGUACUUUAUUAGAGACACUCACAGGAUGCGCCAUAGCACCUACUGAUAUGGAUGGUGCGAGCCGGGUGAGGAUACAUAGCAUUACCGGCUACUUGCGAGAUCAGUUACAAGUAGAUCCGAUAGGAGAUGCAACUCCAGUGGAGCGGGUUGACAAAAUUUCUAGACUUUACAUGCUUGUUAUAUUAGGGGGCAUCUUAUUUCCGAUCACGUCGGGGAACCUUAUUAGCUUACAAUACUUGGCGUUCCUAGAUCCUAUCCACGACGUAGGUAAGUAUAGUUGGGGCAGUGCAGUGUUGGCCUACUUGUACCGUGCACUUUGUCGGGCAUCUAUCGGUAAUGUGGUUGACAUUUGCGGAUUUAUUCCUCUCCUUCAGGUUUGGUGUUGGGAGAGGAUCUUGCCUGUACAACCAUCAGCUCCUCCGCCGCAUGAUGGUGAUGUAUUACUUCCAUAUGCUAGGCGAUGGACGCGUGGAAUUGAUAGGGAUACUGAGUCACAUCAUGUUAUUAUCCCGAUUAGAGAUCAGCUAGACCGCAUGACGAAGGAUCAGUUUCGAUGGACACCGUAA